AUGGAGAGCUCUUCAGCUGCACAAAGGCUGAAACUGAAACAGGAGCAGGCAGACGAUUGCAGCAAGAUGCAGGGAAGUCGUGUCCUGAUGAGCAGCCUUGAGCUCAGGCUGGGCAUCUCUUCAAACAAUGGCGCUGGCGGCUGUGGCAGUGGCAGUGAUCCAUGGCUUGGUGUUGGAGUGCACCCAUGGAGCCUUGCUGCCCGGCAAGCAGAGAAGGUAGCCCUGGAGCAAGACCACCAGCGGCCUCCGCAGCAGCUGGUGGGAUGGCCACCGGUGGGCGCGUUCCGCAGGAGCCACCUGCAGGCAGGCACAAAGGCCGUGGAGGAACCGACGAGCAAGGUGAAGUCCGGCGGCGAGAGGCCGGCGCCGGCAGCCACCAUGUUCGUGAAGGUCAACAUGGAGGGCUGCGCCGUCGGGAGGAAGGUGGACCUGCAGGCUCACCGCGGGUACGCGUCGCUGUCGCGCGCACUGCAGGCCAUGUUCCAUGGCUUCCUGUCAGAUGGUCAGUGGAGGAUCGCUGGGAGAGAGGAUGACGACGACGACGAUGAGCAGCCGGAGCCGACGCAGAAGGGGGCCAAUAAGAGCAACAAGAAGGCGUACAUCCUUCUGUACGAGGACAACGAGGGCGACCGGAUGCUCGUCGGCGACGUGCCGUGGGAGCUGUUCAUGGCUUCGGUGAAGAGGCUCUACAUCGCACAGGACCCCAGGAAGACGAAGAACUAG